GCUUUCCUUGCAUCACUUCUGGGAUGAAGCUGGUCCUACUGUAGGGCCAUGAGUGGUUCAUUAGGCAGAUGAAGUAUAACUGUGAAGGAGACCUCCUCUUCACCGUGGCCAAGGAACCUAUCAUUAAUGCAUGGUACUCUGUGAAUGGUGAGAGGCUGGGCAUCUACAUGGACCAUACCAGAGCUGUGUGGUAUGUGGACGCUGACUGGGACACCAAGCAUGUCCUCACCCGUUCAGCUGACAACCAUCUUUGGGCCUGUGAAACAGGGAAACAGCUGGUCCUACUCAAGACCAAUUCAACUGUAUGGAUCUGCAGUUUUGACUUUGGGGGCAAUAUCAUCACUUUCUCCAUGGAGAAGCAGAAAAGCUAUCAGUGCUUUGUGAGCUUAUUUGACCUGCAGGAUCUGAGCCAGAUUGACAGCAAUGAGUGCCACCUAAAGAUCCCUUGCAAUGACUCUAAAAUCACUAGUGCCGUUUGGGGCUCCUGUGGGGAGUGCAUCAUUGCAUGCCAUGACAGUGGAAAGCUCAACCAGUAUAGUGCCAAGCCUGGGGAGGUGUUGGUGAAUGUUAAGGAGCACUCCCAGCAGAUUAAUGACAUCCAGUUAUCCAGGGACAUGACCGUGUUUGUCAAUGCAUCCAAAGACAACACAGCCAAGCUUUUUGACUCUACAACUCUUCAACAUCAGAAGACUUUCUGAACAGAAAGCCCCAUCAGCUCAGCUACCCUCUUCCCCAGCUAUGACCAUAUUUUGCUGGGCAGUGGUCAGGAAGCCAUGGAUGUAACCACAACCUUCACCAGGAUUGGCAAGUUUGAGUCUGGGUUCCUCCAUUUGGCCUUCGAAGAAGAGUUCAGAAGAGUCAAGGGGCACUUUGGACCUAUCAACAGUGUUGCCUUCUAUCCUGAUGGCAAGAGCUACAGCAGUGGCAGUGGGGAUGGUUACAUCCAUAAUCUACUACUUCGACCCACAGUACUUU